UCCUUCGACGCAAAGGGUUAAUCAGCCGGGCGCGCGAGGGGGGCGGAGCCCGAGCCUUCCCGGGAAUAAGGCGCCUCCGCCCGGCCGCUCGCCUCCCUUUUCCGCGGAGCGCUGCGCUGGAGGUGCCGAGGCGGCGGUGGCGGCGGGGAGCGGAGCCUAGCCCAGCCCCCGGGAUGAAGCCGCCUUCCCUCCGGCCGCUCUGGCCCCAGGAGCCGAGGGUGGCGGCGGGACGGCGAGCCGCCAGGGAGACGGGCGGCCAGACAUGAUCCCCCAGACUCGCGGCGCCCAGACUCGCCCGCGAUGCCCGCCUCCCGCGCCGUCUGCUAGGCAGCCUCGGGACCCGGACUGACUGCCCGAGAGGAGAACCCCGGAGAGGAGAGCGCCUUUCCCCGCCGCCUCCCUCCCUCCGUCCCUCUCCUCUCCCCCUCCCCUUUCUUUUGGGGUUUUUUUCCUGCCUGGCACCAUGCGGCUUCGACUGGGACCCACCCUGGACGGCUUGGCUCCCACAUUCCUGCUCCUCUUGGCUUUGCCCCUGGGAGCGCCCACAUGCCCAAUGCUUUGCACCUGCUACUUUUCUCCACCCACAGUCAGCUGCCAGGCCAAUAACUUCUCCUCUGUGCCACGGGUCCUGCCACCCAAUGCCCAGCGCCUCUUCCUGCAGAACAAUCUGAUUGGGAACUUGAGGCCUGGAAUGUUUGGGCCAAGUCUCACCACGCUGUGGCUCUACUCCAACAACAUCUCCUCUAUCCAGCCCGGCACCUUCCGCCACCUCCAGGCUCUCGAAGAGUUGGACUUGGGGGACAACCGUAAUCUGCGCACUCUUGACCCAGGGACUUUCCGGGGACUGGAGCGGCUGCAAUCUCUGCACCUUUACCGUUGUCAGCUAAGCAGCCUUCCAACCACAAUCUUCCGCAAUCUUUUCAGCCUCCAAUACCUCUAUCUCCAGGAGAACAAUCUGCUUUGUCUGCAGGAUGACCUUUUUGUGGACUUGGCUAACCUGAGCCAUCUUUUCCUGCACGGCAACAAGAUUUGGCAGCUCUCAGAGAAUGUUUUCCGGGGCCUGUCUGGAUUAGACCGCCUGUUGCUGCACAGGAACCGCCUGCGCGCCAUUCCAACUUGGGCCUUCCGGGACCUGGGCAAGCUCACCAUUCUGUACUUGUUCAACAACAGCCUGACAACCCUCCCAGGAGAAACUCUCUCGGACUUGCCCUCCCUGGAGUUCCUGCGCCUCAACAACAACCCGUGGGCUUGUGACUGUCAUGCCCGCUCCCUCUGGGCUUGGUUCAGGCGCACGCGAGUCUCCACCUCAGAUGUCAUAUGUUCAUCCCCUGCUGAACUCAAGGGGCGUGACUUGCGUCAUCUCAGUGAAGCUGUCUUUCAGGGCUGCCCUCUUGUCAGUCACCACCAAGUUGGGCUUGACUGGGGCUGUAGGCCAGAGUGGGAAAAUGGAGUGGCUCAUCCCCCUCCCCACCCUAGGCCCCACCCCCACCCUCACCCACAUCCUCAUCCUAACACCUCAUCCAACCACCUCUAUGGCCUCGGAGGUUCACCUCCUGCUGAUCCCUCCUCCUUCUACAGGGACGUGCCAGCCAAUGACAUCCGCAGUCCCAAAUAUGACCCGCCCACAGAAGAUGACUAUUGGGGGGGCUAUGGCAAUGAGGAAGGAGGACAGCUGAAGAAAGGGUGCCCAGGACCUGGCUGUUCUUCACUGGACACCGGAGGAGCAAUCAGGAUUGACGUCAUGCCACUUGCCCUCCCCUGCUUACUGAUGUUAUGGGAACUUCUUUGGUUUUGACAAUGGCAGGUGGCUGGUCUGCUUUGGGAACUGUGGGAGAUCCAAGCCAGGAUGGAUUUUCCCCACCAAGCACUGAGUUGAGGCCAAAGUGAUUCACCUUCUCUCUGCUGUGGGGUGAAGGGAGACUAGGUCCAUUGCUGCUACUUUCCUGGCCAAUUAUGAGACUUGACACUGGGACCACUUUCUGGGUGGUAUCUGACACAUUUUCAUGAACAUAUGGCAAGGGCUCCCCUUUCUAAUUUUUAUUUUUGGGGGGUGGGGGUGUUGCAUAACUCUUCUACUACAGAUGUCCCCUAAAUGCUAUUGCUUACUGCAUCCAUAUGGGAGUUUCUCUGUUGUCUGCCUCCUGAAGAAAGCAAAGAUCUCUUCUGUGCAUGUUAUGAUGCUAUGGAAGGAGUGGGGACCUGUUUUCUGAACCUCAUUCUUUCUGCAGUUUCCUAACAUGCACACAAGUGCCUGUGUUGUUUAAUGGGAUAGUAUCCUUCAGCUGAGAAGAAAUGAAACAUUGUUCUCUUGUAGAGCUAGAGAAUACUAUAAGAAUCCUGGGUCUCUCCUCUCUUACAACCCAUUAUCGAGUCUGUGUGUUAUUUUUUAGUUUUGUAGAAACCCCAAGGGACCAAUUCAUAUGAUCAGCUGAUGUGAUGGUAACCCUGUUCAAAGUGCCACCUGUGGAGCUAGUUUUUGCUGGCAGUGAGAGUGUGUCUACUGGAUCAGGUCAACAUUUCCAUCUAUCCAAGUCUGAAGGUGGUGGAAUCUGCUUCAUUAAAUGUUUUUAAACAGAGUCUGGAAGGCCAGAUAUCAAAAAUGGUGCAGCAGCAGAUCUCCUGGAUUGAGUUGGACGUAAUCACCUUUAAGGCUUCUUUUAAUGCUAAUUAAUCUUUUCAUUAGCAAAAGAUGGUAAACAAGAUCAUGUGAAUUGGACCUUAGUCAUAACAAAUUAUCAGCUUUGUGAGUUUGUCUUUUCCUCUAGUGCCUCCAUGACCCUCCCCCCUUUAUUUUUUUAACAAAAAAAGGCAGUAUAGUUGGCUGGAGAACAAUUAAACUGUUUCAGUAUAGCUUGGUGAGCUUGGUCACUUGAGGAAAUGAGUAACAGAAAGCAUGGAGCAAAUAACAUGAGGGAAAAGGUUCCUUAGAAAACCCAUAAUGGGAAGCAGAAAGCUAACUUGAGAUGGUUAGCUUCUCCAUUCAGAGGUAUGUGUUCUUCUUUGACAUGUUCUUGCUCCUAACUCAAUCUUCCAUCUUUUGAAUGUUGAAAGAAAUUGAUGCAUUGAUGCUUAUUCAGAAUGCUAUAUUUUGCAACUGGUUUUACUGGGAUUGAAGCUGUGUAAUCACACAAUAUAUAAAACUUGGGUUUAUCACAGAGCCUACACUUGAUAGAGCAAUACAAUCAAUCUUGACUCCCUAACAUAUAUCACUGAAAUACAAGAGUUUUACACAGUCACCAGUGAAAGUUGGUGACUCGCACAUCAUGAAUUUCAACAGAAAAAAAUGCAGGGUGCUACACUUAGGCAGAAAAAUUAAAUACAGAGAUAUAGGGUGGGUGACAUCUGCCUUGACCAUCUGCCUUGGAUCUAGGAGUUGUAGUAGGUCACAAACCAAGCAUGAGUUAACUGUAGUUGGCAGCUAAAAAUCCAUUGCGAUUCAGAAAUAGAAGUAUCGUAUCAAGAUCAAGGGAAGUGACAGUAUAAUUCUAUUCUGUCUUGGUUACACCUCAGCUGGAAUACCGCAUCCAGUUUGAGCACCACAAUUCUAGAAGGCUAUUGAAAAAUUGUAACCAAAAUGAUCAAAGGUCUGGAAACCAAGCCCUGUGAGGAGUGACUUAGGAGGCUGGAUAUAUUUAGCUUAAAGAAGCAAACUUCAAGAAGUGACAUGAAAGCCUUUUUGAAAUAUUUUGAAGACUGUCAUAUUGAGGAGGGAGCAUGCUUGUUGGUGGAGUCUCCUUCUCUGAAGGAUUUUAAACAGGGACCAGAUGACCAACUACUGGGGGUGGUUUGAUUGUGUGGUCUUCCAACUCUUAUGAUUCUGUGCUAUCAGUGGAGUGGUGAAACUAGGUUUUCAUCUAGUGUUUAAGGGAGCUCUCCAACAUGCGAAAUUCCAGUUUAGAACUUUGGAGAACUCUUUUAAAGCCAGCCAAACCUUUCUUACCACCCCAAUGACCUGGGAGUCAUGAGCCAUAUAUUUUCUCCCCCCCCCCCCCCACUUUUUUUUUUGAUUAUGUUUUCCAUGUAAAGGUGCAAACCCAUUUGGCUGAAAUUUGUGAAAAAUAGACUCAAGUGAACAGGUGCGAAAGUUUCAUAGCCAAUAUAGUUGCAUAUAUAAUUGUUUUUUUAAGCUUAGAUUUUAUGUGGCAUACUUUUGUCUUGCUAGCCUUCAAUAUAAUUUCUUAACUAUAUUCAUGUGCUGCCUUUCAACCAAAUGUUCGCAAAAUGGUCGACACUGUACAAUUGGACAACAAUUAAACAUUGGAAUUUCAGUGAUCUUGCUGUGCUCGAAUCUGACCUGUCCUGUGUCCAGGACUUUUCUUGAAGGCCUUAUUUCAUGGAGAUGGUCCCAACAAAAUCUACAUUCAGAAUUCCUGACGGGGUGGGCUUUUGGAGAGGCAAUAGUGGGGAGAAAUUACAGAAACAUAACAUUUUUUGUUGCUAUUGUAGCCUGGGUAGACUCCACAGUAGUCAUGAGGAAAACGUUUUGACAAGCAUCAAGGCAGGAUGGUAGUGUCUGUAUGGAGAGUAGGAGCUGUAUAAGGUCAAGCUGGAGAAUAACAAUUAGGAGGAAAUCUACCAGGGUGGCCUAUCAGAUCUCAAAAUCAAACCAGAUGUCACCUCUGGUGAAAAGAGCUUUAGUGUGGAAAAUGUAACUAGACUGUGAUGUGUAUAUUAGUCUUUGUACUGCUACAGGUCACAAAGAUUUACAUCGUAUUUAGUCCUGACAAGAGUAGACACACUGAGUCUAUCAGAUUUCUCUGUUUUGCCUCACCAUUCAGCAGUUGAUUUAAUGAGGCUGCUCUGGUUAGUGAGAUCUAUAGGAUGCCAGGCAAAGUCUCAUUAACAGCAAAGUCAACAAGCCCUCCUUCCACCAUAACAGUGGGUGAAGCAAACUAUAAGAAAGUGAUGGGGAGGAUCUUCCAAGGCAGGGAAAGACAGAUGGUUGUGAGCUGUAGCUUCCAUAAAAUCUAGUUAGCAUAGCCAGGGGUUACAGAUUAGGAGUUGCACCUCAGCAAUUUUGGGGAGACACGUUGCUUAUUGUUAAUUCUACAGGAGUAAUUAAUUGGAAGUGGGGUUUUUUUUUCAGAACAAUGCAGGUAUUAUUUCUGGUCACCUGGAAGAUGCCCUUCUCAAGGGCAGAAGAAGGAUCUCUGCUAGUUGAUGACUGGGCAUGUGAUGAUGCCAGUAUUUACUAGUAUUUCCUUCCUAAGUCCUUGUUUCCUCUUGUUCAAAGCACAUGCUUGCGUCUUACAUACCCAAAUAUUUACACAGGCUGGCUAUUCCCAUUCUAAAGAAAAUAAUAUGUAAUUGAUAAUUCAAUUGGAUUGAACAUUGUUCUCAAAGUGGCAUAUGAAAUUGAGGAUGUUCUGCAUAGGCUUUUCCUACAAAGAUAUAUUUUUGUGGAUGGUUGGGUGGAGAUUUUGCUGCUUUAUCCCUCUGAUUAUUUGCCAAAAAUGUCAUAUUUUGGUACAAAAUAUACAAAAAAUCGCAUCCUUCUCCCCUCCUCAUCAUAUUUAGCAACAGCAGGAAAUCGCAAAUCUGAAAGUAUUAUGUUCCUUGGUAUCAUUUGAUUGUUGUUUUUCCAUUUUCAAACUGAGCCGCAAGUAUGUUUUGUAAAGAUAGGAAAGAUCCCUGAGCUUUCUAAAAUAAAAUUCAAUAGAGCCCUGG